AUGUCCAUUCAGAACCUCCAAAAUGCCAUUGAAAACGUCAGACUUACCCUACAAUCCAACUCCUCCGACCUAGCCAGACAUACCAAAGCCCUAAAAAUCGCUUUGAUAGGUAUCCCAUCAAUGCCUCCAUCCCCAGUUCAAGUCCCUGAAGAAUUGGCAUUAAUCAGGACUGCAUAUGAGCUCAGUUUGCAAGCUUAUAUCAAGCUCCAAGACACUACAGGCAUUGAGCAAUGCUUUGACUUGCUAAAAGUCCUUUACUUCGACUACACCGGGAUUAUUGGCAGUUCCGAGCACGUUUGGAGGGUUCUCGGUUUGCAUUUAACUUAUUUGCUUUCUUUCAAUAAAAUUACCGAGUUCCAUACAGAGUUAGAAGCAAUCCCAUGGACUGAAAGGCAGAACAACUUCAUAAGGUUUGCUGUGGAAUUGGAGCAAUACUUUAUGGAAGGAAAUUAUCAGCAAGUAUUAGAUGCAAAAGAUAAUGUCCCGGCCCCAGAAUUCAGCUUUUUUGUCAACAGAAUUUUGGACACUAUUAGGUUCGAAAUAGCAGCUAGUUUUGAAAAAGCUUAUGAUUUGUUACAUGUUAACAGUGCAUGUGAGUUGUUGAGACUGAAGAGCAGACAAGAAUUGGCAGAGUUUAUAUACCUGAAUAGAAAACAAAUUAUAAUAGUUGGUAUUUAAAAAUAUUGAUUUCUAUAAAUAAUAAAUGUAUAUUAAUUAUCAAAUUAAAUAAAAGGUUUUAAGUAAGGAUAUCAGUUUUUAAGAGGGAAAGAGAGCUACAGAAGGAAUGGAUUUUAGAUGGAGAAUGGUUAUCACUUAGAGGAGAAGCUGAAAAGAAGUCGUCUGAGCUAGAAAAUUGGCACCUGAUUUCACAAGCUGUCAGCUACGCAGUAGAGCUAGAAAGAAUAGUCUAACUCCCCCCCCCCCCCUCCGUGAGCGAACAAAAAAAAUUUUGUUCGCUCACGGAGGGGGGUUAAUUUUUUUUUUUAAAAAAAAUUUAUAUAUAAAUUUUAUAAAAAAUAUUUUUUUUCGAAAUUUAAAAAAAUCCUAAUUUGCAAAAAUUGGGAAGCAAAUAUUAAUUUAAUUUGCAAAAAUUUAUGUUUUUAAAACGCAAUUUGUUUAAAAUUAAACAGAAUUAGCUCUAGAUUUCAUUAUACUAAUUAUCACUUAUAUAUCAAAAUUUUUUUCCAUUAAAAAUUUUUUCUAUUAAAAAAAUUUUUGUUUCACUCACGGAGGGUGGGUUUUUGGUCAAAAAAUGGCGAUUUUUCUAAUGGUUUUGUUCGCUCACGGGAGGGGGGGGGGGAGGAGUAA